UCAUGACAACACAAUGGUUCUACAAUUGUACAUUACCAAGAUUUGGUACAUUAUGUCAAUAUUCAUUGGAUAAUUACAUAUCUCAUUAUUCAACAUUAUAUGAAAUUAUUUAUGAUUUUUAUCAACAUGAAUAUAAUCCCAUAAAUUUGACAUGUUAUACGCAUUUAAAAUGCAAUCGAGGUUCUUCAUCGAUAUGUCUUGAUUGGACUGAAAUUUGUGAUGGAAUCAUUGAUUGUCAAGAUGGAACUGAUGAAGAAUUUUGUUGGCAACUUCAAUUUAACGAGUGUGAAGCAAAUGAAUUUCAAUGUACUAAUGGACAAUCAUUGGUCGGAGAUAGUUGGUGCCAUUGUGGAUUUGUUCAAUAUAAUGCUUGUGAAGAUGAAGAUCUAAACAUUCAUUAUAUUAGAACACAUAUAUCAUUUACGACUAUUUGUGAUAGUUUUACAGAAUUAAUACCUGUUACCAUAAACGGACGAAAUGAAACAGAUGAAACAGAAUGUGAAUAUUGGAUAUGUAAUAAUACUUAUACACGAUGUGAUGGUUUUUGGAAUUGUUUUAAUGGAGCUGAUGAAGUUGAUUGUUAUUCAUCAUCAUUAUCAUUUAAUUGUCCAUAUCAACAUCAUCAUAUUUGUGUUUCACCUCAUACAAAUCAAUUUAUGUGUUUACCUCUUGAAAAAGCAAAUGAUGGUAAUAUUGAUUGUCUUGGUGGUACUGAUGAACCUAAAUUAUGUCGAUCAAAUGAUUAUCAACCUAGCGACAAAAAUUUUCAGUGCAUCAAUCACACAGGCGAACUUUGUAUUGAAUCCCUACAUUUAUGUUAUAAAAGUCAUUGCCAAGACAGAACUGAUAUACAAUUUUGUAAUUACACUCGAGAUAUCCCCAUACACUCUACUAUUUGUAAUAAACGGUAUGAAAAUAUUCGUUCUAAAGUUGAAAACUUCUUUUGUGCACGCCAACUCGAUACUAAUAAACCGCAAUUAGUAUAUUUUUCACUUGGUAAAUUGACGAACUCAGCUAAUCAAAUGAUUCAACAACAUACAAAUGAAAUGAUCUUACAAUCAUCCACCAGACAAAUAAUUAUCCAUCAGUAUGAGCAACGUUGUCAUCGUGGUCUUCCAUUACGAAUUCGGUUAAAUAUUGAUAAAAACUUGACUACUAUCGCAUGUCUUUGUCCACCUAGUUUCUAUGGUAAUAUGUGUCAAUAUCAAAAUCAACGUGUUAGUCUCACAUUACGAUUUCAAACAUUUUCGGAUUCUCGACGAACACUAUUUGCAUUAAUUAUUUUACUUAUUGAUGAUAGUAAUGAAAGAAUUAUUCAUUCCUAUCAACAACUUACUUAUCUUUAUAUUCGAGAUUGUCAAACUAAAUUUAAUAUUUAUUUACUUUAUUCAACUAGACCAAAAAAUCAAACAAAAAAUUAUUUCAUUCAUAUUGAUAUUUAUGAAAAAAUUUCAUUUACAUAUCAAAGAAGUUUUUUAAUUCCACUUAAAUAUUCAUUUUUACCUGUACAUCGUAUUGCUAUUCAACUUGAUAUUCCACGUGCAAAUGAUAAAAAAGAAAACUGUUUAGAUCAAUUAUGUAUACAUGGUCAAUGUAUUAGAUAUUCAAAUGAUAAUAGUUUUUGUCAAUGUUAUCGUGAAUGGACAGGAAAAU